GUUGUGCCAAUAGACUGGAUGAAGAUUUAAAUCACUACUGAUUUCCCUAAUCUGGAUUGGAAUAAGAAUUAAAAUGGAGUUUCAGAUAUGAUAAACUUGUGUUUUUUUUAACUUAGACGGACCACGUUAACCCAAAGAAGCUGCAGCCUGUUAAAAACACGUUUUCAGAUUUGUGAAACCGACGGACUAUGGCGCAUAGAGGUGGCGCUACAUCUGGCAGCAGCGGUCCAAGCGUCAUCUUGCCAAGGGCAAAACGGCGGUGCGCUUGUUUUCCUAUCGCUCUUAUCCGCAUGUUGUUUCACCAGGGCGUUAUACAGGCUGUACUGGUGAUCCCACCCACUCAGGCUGCCGCCUCCCCGUUGUUCACAUGACGGGGAAGAAAGGAGGAAAAAGAAAACUAAAAAGAGAAAAUACAGGACGACGGGAUGAUCUAAUUUAACGAAGGAGACAACUUUCUCUGAAGCCUUCGACUGGAGAGACAGAAAAUGUCCACAGAAGACGUUAAGCUGUGAGCUCCAGAUGUGAUGGGAGGACAGGGACGGCUGCCAGCUGGAUGUGACAUAAACACGUAAAUAAACAGUCUACUGGGGAAAAGGAGGAGGUGGGAAGAUGAAACUGAAUGAGCGCAGCGUGGCACAUUAUGCCACAUGUGACUCUCCGCCAGACAAGACAGGCUUCCUGUUCAAAAAGGGUGAGCGCAACACGGCUUAUCACCGGCGCUGGUUUGUCCUGAAGGGCAACAUGCUUUUCUACUUUGACGAGCGCGAUAGUCGAGACCCGAUCGGUGUCAUCAUCCUUGAAGGGUGCACUGUGGAGCUGUGCGAGUCAACUGAGGAGUUUGCUUUCGCCAUCAAGUUUGACUGUGCCAAAGCACGGGUGUACAUGAUGGCUGCUGAGAGCCAAGCAGCCAUGGAGUCGUGGGUGAAGGCAUUGUCAAGGGCCAGCUUUGACUACAUGAGGCUAGUGGUGAAGGAGCUGGAGAGGCAGCUGGAGGAGAUCCAGGAGGCUGCAGGAGGUGGCUGUGUCGGGAAUGGAGCUGGAAUCCUGCAGGGCAAGCCUAAAUCCUCCAGGCGAAACCAGAUGGCACGAUCCAGGUCUGGAGUGUCCUCUUCUUCGUCAUCUUCAUCCUCCUUAUCUUCAUUGUCAUCAAAUGCCCCUUACAUGCCAGCCCCCUUCUCUGCCCAAAAGAGCAUCCAGGAUGAGGUGCAGCUCAUUUCUGGGUGUUCCAAGGAGAAUGGAGUUGCAUGGAGCAAAGCAUCAGUUGCCUUGGCUAAUGACUCUGCUGAGGGAGUGUCUUCCUAUGUGGCAUGGGAAGGUUGCGGAGACCCUGGAAAUGGCAAUGAGAAUGAUGAUGGGGUGCGAGCUCCACCAGUGCCACCCAGGAGAAAAGGGGCAUCUCUGGAAAGUCCCGUCUCCCCUGGCACUGACUGCUUCUCCAAACUGCAUAACUGGUAUGGCAGAGAGGUGGAGCAACUAAGAGUGCAGUGGCUACAGAGCCAGUAAGCGGAACACAUAUGGAUUAUUUCUUUUUCCAGUUGUAUCAUUCCUGAACAUCCUGAAAUGUUACAUCCUUCUGAAUCCAAUAGAAAGAUUAAGAAAACUGAGACUUAAUUACAAACUGUAGUCUUAUCACUAAAGACAAAUAAACAUUAUGAUAUUGAUUCCAGAUCUUGUCUGGCAAAGGGGAGUCAGUCUGUCUUAAAGAAUAACACUUUCCAUUGUACAGUGCAAGAUAUUUUAAAAUACCCAAUAUGCUCUUUUCUACAGUGUAAUUUGCCAAGCACAAUUAUAAAUGUUACGAGUAUAAUAUGCAAAGCCAUCAGGAUUUCUCUCAAGUUACAGUUUGGCUUGACUGACCUCAGAAAAAUAUGCUGCUGUAUUAUUAUGUUGCCGAUUUUCAAGUUUUUUUUCCUGCAUUUUUAGCUUCCAGAUAUACAUGAGCUAUUGUUUUGGGGCCAGGUUUCUCUAAAGCUGUAGCAACCAUGAUCUAAAAUCAUGUUUUUUUAUAGGUAUCCAUGCAUAUUGUUCUAAAUGUCUGAAAAAUACCAAAAAUCAACAAAUCACAGCUAAAGUCUUUAUAGGAGGAAAAGGAUUGUUUCUGUUAUAUGCAAAGGAAAGAAAGAAGGCCACGUAAAUAAAAAAUACACUGCACAAAACAAGUCCAUAUAGAUGAGGUUGCUAUAGUGACAUCCACGGGGAAACAAAAAAAUCCUGGUGCUGUAUGUUUGGUGAUGCCUAAGAUUUCCCCCAUUUGGUGAUGUAACAUUUCGUAACGGGAAAUUAUGAUUUAAAUUAUAGCAGAGAAAUGGUUAAAAGAGCUGCAGAUAUUUUUACGAUCUUUUGGAACAGGCAGCAGGACAAUUAGCAUGUUGAAUUCAGGAUUUUGAGUCUCCUUUAACUUUAAACCACCUUAACACUAAGAUCUUUUUAACAUAGGGACUUUCUGAAACAGGGAAGCACGGCGGUGCAGUAGUUAGCGGUGUUGCUUCACAGCAAGAAGGUUCUGGGGCCUUUCUGUGUGCAGUUUGCAUGUUCGCCUUGUGCCUGCGUGGUUUCUCUUUGGGUACUCCAGCUUCCUCCCACAGUCCAAAGACAUGCAGCUUAGGUUGAUGGUGACUCUAAAUUGCCUGUAGG